AUGCAGUGCUAUACGGAGCUGACGCCGCCUACGGCUGUCACACAUUCCUUAUAUCUCCCAUUCAUUACGGCGCAGAGCAAUAAUCUUGUUGUCGCAAGAGCUUCUCUACUUCAGAUCUUUACUACUAAAUCAGUAUCUGCCGAACUCGACAAAGCACAGAACGCCCAAUUGCAAUCUUCUAGAUUAGCUGACCACUACGAUUCUCGAAGCAAUGACGAUGAUGGCCUCGAAGCCUCCUUUCUUGGCGGCGAUUCCGUCCUAGUCAGGUCUGACCGUUCGAACUAUACGAAAUUGGUGCUCGUUGCCGAGUUCCCACUGGCUGGAACCAUCACCGGACUUGCGCGCAUAAAGACUGAUACAACUGCGUCGGGCGGUGAAGCCCUCUUGUUGGCGUUCAAGGAUGCGAAGCUUAGCAUGGUUGAAUGGGACCCAGAAAAGAAUUCGAUAAAUACCACCUCGAUACACUACUAUGAACAAGAGGAUCUUCAAGGAAGUCCAUGGGCUGCACCUCUGAGCCACUAUGUCAAUUUCCUAGCAGCAGACCCGGGUAGCCGGUGUGCUGCUCUGAAGUUUGGGGCGCGGAGUCUUGCUAUCAUCCAAUUCAAAGUUCAAGAAGAAGACAUAGAUAUGGAGGACUGGGACGAAGAUUUGGAUGGGCCACGCCCGGUAAAGGAGGUUUCCACUACGCUCCUAAAUGGAACUAGCAGCAAUGAAGAGACACCAUAUUCAACAUCGUUUGUCCUUCGACUGCCAAAUCUUGAUCCUAGCCUCAUCCACCCUGUGCAUCUUGCGUUUCUUCACGAAUAUAGAGAACCCACGUUUGGCAUACUAUCCUCAACUUCGUCCCCAUCUUCAGUCCUCGGUCGAAAAGACCAGCUAUCGUACAUGGUAUUCACCUUGGAUAUCCAGCAAAAGGCUUCCACAACCAUCCUGUCAGUGACAGGCCUCCCACAAGACUUAUUUCGGGUAAUCGCACUCCCCGUGCCGGUUGGUGGUGCCCUUCUAGUCGGUACGAAUGGGCUUAUACAUAUCGACCAAUCUGGGAAGUCACAUGGAGUGGGCGUCAACCCAUUCGCAAAGCAUACUACCUCUUUCAGUUUGGUCGAUCAAACCGAACUUGGGCUAAAGCUAGAGGGCUGUGAAAUCGAGGCUUUAUCUGCUGAAAAUGGUGAAUUUUUGAUGGUCCUUAGUGAUGGUCGUAUGGCAGUUAUCACAUUUAGAGUCGACGGUAGAAUCGUAUCGGGACUAAGCCUUCGGUUAAUCGCUCCAGAGGCCGGGGGUGCUAUCAUACCAACUGGUGUUACGACCUUGAGCAAAUUAAACAAGUCCUCCCUAUUUGCAGGUAGUGAUGGUGCUGACUCGUUAGUUAUCGGCUGGACACGUAAACAGCCACAGGCUGGAAGGAAAAAGUCCCGUCUACACGACCCUUCUCUAGACCUUGACUUGGAUGACGAAGACAUGGAGGAUCUAGAAGAUGACGAUGAUUUGUAUGGCGACGACUCCGCGCCGGCUAAACAAUCAUCGAGUUCUGCUGGAACCCCAGGCGGCAAGUCUGGUGAGCUCGUCUUUCGUAUACACGAUCGGCUUGUCAGCAUUGCGCCUAUCAGGGAUUUCACACUCGGACAGGCAGUAUUAUCUAAUAAGGAAGAACAGAAUAAUCAGGAUGGUGUUACUAGUGAUCUCAGCUUUGUCGGCGUCUGUGGUCGAGGCAAUGCCGGCUCGGUUGCUAUAAUCAACAGAGAAAUACAACCGAAAGUCAUUGGACGUUUUGAGUUCCCAGAAGCAAGGGGCUUCUGGACUAUGGCCGCGCAGAAACCAAUACCAAAGUCGUUACAGGGUGAUAAGGGAACUACGUCCAUGGGUGCUGAAUACGAGACUUCUGUCCAGUAUGACCGUUUCAUGAUUGUGCCCAAGGUGGACUUGGAUGGAUACGAGACCUCAGAUGUGUAUGUUUUGACGGGUGCUGGAUUCGAAGCGUUAACCGGAACGGAGUUUGAUCCAGCUGCUGGCUUUACUAUUGAAGCCGGUACUAUGGGUAAUCAUAUGAGGAUUAUUCAAGUUCUUAAGACUGCUGUCCACUGCUACGAUGGAGACUUUGGGCUUACUCAAAUCCUGCCAAUGCUCGACGAAGAGACAGGUGCAGAACCCAGGGUCGAUUGUGCUAGUAUAGCCGACCCUUUUAUAUUCCUAGUUCGAGACGAUGCAAGCGUAUUCAUUGCGAAGAUAGAUAAGAACUUGGAACUCGAAGAACUUGAAAAGGAAGACACAGCCCUCAACUCGACUAAAUGGGCAACGGGUUGUUUAUAUGAAGAUAGAUCUGGCGUAUUCUCCGAAGCCCAGACGGAUAAGGGCGCAAAAUCUGAUGAAAAUAUAGUAAUGUUCUUACUCAGCAAGGCUGGUGCUCUACAUGCGUAUGCAUUACCUGAUCUCUCUAAACCUAUAUACGUUGCAGAAGGCUUGCCCUUUGUACCGCCACUCCUUUCAGCAAACUAUGCUGCUAGACGAGGAACUGCCAAGGAAAUUAUCAAGGAGAUAUUGGUUGCUGACCUUGGAGACAUGACUUCCUCGUGCCCGUACUUGAUUGUUCGCCACGAGAAUGAUGACGUGACGAUAUAUCAACCCUUUCGUACACCUUCAGCUACUCCGCAGGACCUUUCUACAACGCUUCACUUCCAAAAAUUACCUAACCCUGUCUUAGCAGAAGACCCAGUUGCGACAGCAGAUGAUGAUGACGACGAAAUAAGAAAGGCUCCUCCGAUGAGACGAUGUGACAACAUUGCCGGAUAUAAAACUGUUUUCCUCCCCGGCAGCUCUCCAAGUUUCAUUCUUAGAUCAUCAAAGACUUUGCCUAAGGUCCUGAGGUUACGAGGCGAUGGAGUUCGAGGAAUGAGCCCAUUCCAUACUGAGGGCUGUGAGAGAGGGUUCAUAUAUGCAGACUCGAAGGGCGUUGCGCGUGUUUCUCAGAUCCCGGUUCGCAACAGCACAUAUGCUGAGAUAGGCUUGGCUCUCAAGAAGGUACCUUUAGAAGCCGACAUGCACUCCAUCUCUUAUCACCCUCCAUCAGGCACCUUUGUCGUUGGUUGUGAUACCUUAGAACCAUUUGAACUACCAAAAGAAGAUGACUACCAUAAAGAGUGGCAGCAUGAGAAAGAUCUCGCUUUUAAGCCUUUGGUUGAACGAGGUCAGGUCAAACUAAUAAAUCCUAGCAGCUGGACCGUUAUUGACACUAUCGAGAUGGAGCCAUGCGAGACAGUGAUGUGCAUCCAAACGCUCAAUUUAGAAGUCUCCGAGUCUACUAAUGAGCGAAAACACCUUAUUGCCAUCGGUACGGCUGUAUCCCGUGGCGAGGAUCUUCCUGUUAGGGGUAGAGUUCUGGUGUAUGAUGUAGUAACAGUCAUUCCAGAGCCAGGAAAGCCCGAAACAAACAAGAAAUUAAAAUUUGUAGCAAAGGAAGACAUCCCUCGCGGCGCGGUCACGGCCAUCUCUGAGAUAGGAACUCAAGGUUUAAUGCUAGUUGCCCAAGGGCAGAAGUGUAUGGUGCGCGGUCUGAAGGAGGAUGGCACCCUUCUACCCGUUGCAUUCAUGGACAUGAGCUGCUACGUAACCGCGGUUCGCGAACUUAAAGGAACUGGUCUCUGCCUCAUGGCUGACGCGGUCAAGGGAGUAUGGUUUACGGGCUACACGGAAGAGCCUUACAGGAUGGUGCUCUUUGGAAAGAGUUCUACUAGGCUGGAAGUAUUAACGGUAGACUUCUUACCAGAUGGGGAGGAACUUCUCAUAGUAGCCUGUGAUUCUGAUGGCGGCGUUCAUAUUCUCCAGUUUGAUCCCGACCAUCCCAAGUCCCUACAAGGCCACUUGCUCCUUCACCGCACUACAUUCUCCGCCGGUGCGCACCCUCCUACGCGUAGCAUGUUACUCCCACGCACGCUUCCGGCAGACUCGGACUAUCUCUCUCAGCACGUUAAUGACACCCCGGCCGAUGACGAUUCUCUUUAUUCCCCAGCACCACCCUCUAUCCUCCUCCUCGCCUCCCCCACCGGCGCCUUAGCAACCCUGGCACCCCUCUCCGAGCCCCAGUACCGUCGCCUGUCUUUACUAACCGGCCAGGUUCUCUCCUCCCUACCGCACUAUGCUGGCCUCAACCCAAAGGACUACCGCGCUCCCACUUCCACAGGCGUAGUAGGUCGUCUACCACCCGGCGUCGAUGCGGGUAUGGGCCGCAGCGUCGUAGAUGGCGCCCUGCUCACACGCUGGAACGAACUCCCCGCCGGUCGUCGCGCCGAGAUCGCGGGACGUGUUGGAUUCGCGGGCGUUGAUGAGGCGAGAGAUGUGCUGAGGGAAGUAUUGGGCGCGAGUGGAUUGGGAUAUCUCUGA